AAUGACGCCAAUGGAGGAGUUAGCGGAACUGAAACAAUGAAAUGGAGCGCGAGUGUCGCCUGUACUGGUUGCAUCCAUCUGUACGAAAUUUGGGCCCAGGAACGGUGCACCAAGAGGGCUUGGAGAAGCGGCACUGGAGGCAGGAUCUAGGAGGAAACACGUCCCAGGAUUCUAAGGGAACGUGGUUAAGGUGGCUAGUCCCAAACGCUUAGGACUGGGGAGGCGACCCUGGGCUCAGAAGUUGGCCGGACCAAGCGGAGAUUUAAAGGUUGGAGCACAGAGGCUCCUCUUAAAGAGGCCGGGGUCAAUUCCCAUUCUGCGUCCACGUUCAAGCCAGCUAGCCCCAGGGCGCCACGGGUCGGACCCGGGUCUGACCCACCAGAAACAUGGCAACCAGCGCUGUCCCCAGUGACAACCUCCCCACGUACAAGCUGGUGGUGGUGGGGGAUGGGGGUGUGGGCAAGAGUGCCCUCACCAUCCAGUUUUUCCAGAAGAUCUUUGUGCCUGACUACGACCCCACCAUCGAAGACUCCUACCUGAAACAUACAGAGAUUGACAAUCAGUGGGCCAUCUUGGACGUUCUGGACACAGCCGGGCAGGAGGAGUUCAGUGCCAUGCGGGAGCAGUACAUGCGCACAGGGGACGGCUUCCUCAUCGUCUUCUCGGUCACAGACAAGGCCAGCUUCGAGCACGUGGACCGCUUCCACCAGCUCAUCCUGCGCGUCAAGGACAGGGAGUCCUUCCCGAUGAUCCUCGUGGCCAACAAGGUCGAUUUGAUGCAUCUGAGGAAAAUCACCAGGGAGCAAGGAAAAGAAAUGGCGACCAAACAUAAUAUUCCAUACAUAGAAACCAGUGCCAAGGACCCACCUCUCAACGUCGACAAAGCCUUUCAUGACCUGGUUAGAGUAAUCAGGCAACAGAUUCCGGAAAAAAGCCAGAAGAAGAAGAAGAAAACCAAAUGGCGGGGAGACCGGGCCACUGGCACCCACAAACUGCAGUGUGUGAUAUUGUGACGGGCCUGAGGCUCUGGGCACAGUGACCAUGAACUGGCCAGCCCUCAGGACCCCUCCACUGCCUAACCUCACUGAAAACCAUUUCUAACUACGACCCUUGACCCGAGGACUUGGCACAGGAAGGGAGAAAGGGAAGGUGGGCAGGGAGGAGAUAGGGUCUGGCUUUGCAGAAAGGGCCCGGGCUUCCCCAUGUCUCCUGAGACACCAGGAAGCGACGCGCACGAGCAGCCUCCAAGACCCUCGUGUUGAUUCAGGCCGGCCCCUCCCGCUCUCUUGGUGGCUGUGGUGUUCCUUUGAACGACACAGUGUUGGUUUGAUGUGGACGUGUUUACCCACAUUCGGAGUACAAAACAAGCCAUGAUCAAGCGCCCCCCUUGUCUCCAGUCCAUGGUGUCUGAGCUUGGGUGUCUUUUGUAGAUUUUUAAAUUAUUUUAGUGAUUAUUAGUGUAUCCUAAGGAUCUGUGCCCACUGCCUGGUGAAGUUUCAAAUCUUCAGCAGAUCUCUCUGAUAAGAUGUCUGGAUAUUGUUGUUUUCUUCACUGAGUUUUCCCAGCAGUGCCAAAACUCAACUCAAGAUGAAAGUAGAGUGACUGAGAGACGGGAAGUUAAUGAGGACUGUAGCCAGAGGCCUCAGGAGAGACCCUGCUCACGGCCUAUAACCAGGAGAGGAGAGACAUGUGUUUACCUGGACGGUUUUAUUACAGAUAUUAGGAAACAAUUUUAUUUUACUGAGGGAAGAGGCUGGCAUGAGCGUGUCAGUUCUAAAAGGGGUUUUCAUUAUCCUGGAAAUGGAUACACUAAAGUAAGUGGAUUGGCUUUGCCGAAGUGUUCAUUUCUUUUUCAGACAGUGUGGGUUAAGGUCUGUCCUUCCCGGCCGGGUGAGAGGAAUGCCACGCAUCGCCUGGGCUGCCUCUGUCAUACAGACACACUGGCACGGGCAUGUAUGUUUCUCCACAUCAGAGUAAGCUGAUGUGAAUGCCAUCAGGACAUUCUAGCUCGUGCUGAGUCUUAACCAAAAGUGAUCCAAUACCGUUAUUACGAAAACAGCACCAAGACCUGAAGCCAUCUCCCCUGAGUCCACUGAUGACCACUUCUUAAGCCCAGCAAAUGAACAAACCCCUUUAAGCAUUUGCAAGCUGAGCAUUAGGUGGCCUUUCUGGCACACACUUUAUUAACCUCUCAGAUGUUAACUAUACCAGAUGAUUGGAGGAGAAAUGAAGGUAGGGGUGAUGCCAUGGUUCUCAAACACCUGUUUCUACCAGGGGACAGUCCCCCAACUCCCUGACAAUGCCCACCUCCCUCCCAGGUGCUGCUGGUGUGAGCCAAAGACUGGAUUUGGGGGGCCAGGGUGGGGGUAGGGAGCAGCAGGAACAUCAGUGCACCUCUGAGAAAAGGUCAGAAGGUGAAAUGGCAUGAAUAAUGACCUUAUUUACCGUAGGUUACAAAUCAGGUCACUAGGCAAACUAGAGCAUGUCUAGCAGGCGGCCUGGCCACUGUUUGGAGAAAGAACCUGAGGAAAGUGAGUGCCCAACUGGGCGUCAGGACACCUGGAUCUUUCUCCAGUUUUGAAAGUGUGCUGAGUUCCUAACUCAGCAAGAUCACCAGCCCAGAGGGGCCCAGCCAGAGAGUGAGUCUGCUGCAGAGUGAAACAGUUGGCACUUUGGUUAGUUGGAAAUCAAACUUCUUUAUUUGUCUAAAUGGCUCUUUUUUCUGACCCUAAAAGAAAGGAUAGGGACCGGCCAAGUGGCUCAGUUGGUUAAGAGCUCGCUCAAGAGUUUGAGCUCUGAGCAACAGCGGUUCGAUUCCCAGCCC